UAGACCCAGAGCUGCCAUUCCGCCGCUGGAAGGUCUGGCAGGAAACUUUCUCAUUCCUCUCCUCCUCAGCAGCAGCAGCAGUUCACCGUCUGAACCUCACAUGUUCGGACCCAGCAGCCGGACCCGCUCACUCUAAAGCCAUGGUUCUGCCGGUCCACGCUCCGUAGUAACGCUACUGAGGCUCGCGCACUCCGGGGGCGAACCUGAAGUAACCUGGAGACGCUUUGGACCUUCGUGACGGCGAGUUGUUUGGAACGAUGGAGAUUUUGCUUUGCCUCCUCGCCUUCGUGUUGACUCGGGAGGGUUCGGGUCUUGGAUAUGUCGCCGACUCCAGCGUUCAGGCGGGUCAGAGAGCGGCCAGCAGGCACAGGAACUGGUGUGCUUAUGUGGUGACGAGGACAGUGAGCUGCGUUAUGGAGGACGGGGUGGAGACGUACGUCAAACCAGACUAUCAGCGCUGUUCGUGGGGCCAGUGUCCCCGGAUCCUUUACCGGACAUACAGGAGGCCGAGGUACAAGGUAGCGUACAAGAUGGUGACGGAAAUGGAGUGGAAAUGUUGCCACGGUUACUCAGGGGAAGACUGCCACCAGGGUCCGCAUGGGACCCUUGACACUCGGGUCUACGGAGGGCAGACACAGACACCACAGCCCGGUGGUGGAAGGAAGGGCGAACAAGGCGAGAGCGAGAGAAUCCAGGAGCUGCAGGACACGAUCACCGGACUCAAAAAAGAACUCCAUGACAUGAAGACCACCAUUGACGGCAUAAACCAAAAGCUGCCCAGCCUGAACGGGGCCACCGUUCCUGCAGAUUCAGCUCAGCCGUUCAUGAAGGAAACCAUCAACACCAUCCAGACCAAGCUGGACCAUCUCUACAACAGAACACAGGUCCACGAUGAGACGCUGCUGAACAUCAACAACCAUUUGGUGAAUGGAGGGGGAAAUGAACUGGAUGGAAAUGUUGGGCCAGGAGGAGGAGGAGAAGGAGCAGGGGACCAGCUGAACAUGCUGAAGGAGGAGAUCCUGACUGAGCUGGAGCGAAGAGUUUCUCUGUCCUGCUCUUCAUGUCAGGUUGGUGUGGAGGACUUGAGACGGCAGCAGGCGGAGGACAGGGAAAGGAUCAGAGCCUUGGAGAAGCUCAUAAACUCCAUGGACCAAAACAUCAGGCGUGACUUGGAACUCUACCGCAGAGAAAACAAGCAAUCCCAGACCUGCUGCAACACCAUCACAGAGCUGGAGAAGAGGCUGUCGAGCAUAGACCUUCGACUCACAUCCACUUCGGACAAGUGUGAAAUCAUCAAAGGACGACUGGAGAAGGAGCUGGCUGGGGCGGGUGGAACAAAGGGAGGAGUCCCUGAGGAUCGGUUCAACAGCAGGCUGAGAGAGAUGGAAAAGAGAUUCAACACCACGAUGAGGAAGACAGAGCAGAAGUGCACCAACACUGGGAGCAGCUUGAAAGAAACCCUGCAAAGAGAUUUCACCCAACUGCGUAACAACGUGUUUCUUCAACUAGAUGACCACAGCUCUAAAAUAGGAAAACUAGACUUGGAAGUUGCAGAUCUCGGAGAUACAGUGAGGGAUCAUAGCCGACGUUUGAGCCAUCUGGAGAACGUUACAGUCUUCCUUGAUAGAAAGCUAGCCUCAACCACAGAGAUGUGCAGUGAGACCUGUGGGCACAACGGAAAAAACCCAACAACAGAGGAGACUGUGAAAACCUUGGAGUGGAGAGUUGUGACCAAUCAGGAACACAUCAAGAGGUUUAACAACACCCUGAACAACUUGUCUGUGACGGGAGACUCUCUGAUUGACAGAGUGAUUGACCUCACCAAUGACAUCAACAAGAUAAAAGCAGUAACCGGACAGAACGGUGAACACUUCACCCGCAUUGUCUCAGAGAUCGACACACUGGGCAGAGAUCUUGAUGACUGUUUCGUUUGCCGCAACGUGGAGCAGGACCUGCGCUUUCUCACCAACGCCACAAUGAUCGGCCUGAACAAAUGCCAGACAGAACUGACGGAUCUGCGGAGAAAAGUUGACUCAGAGGAGUCCACCUGUUCUCAGGUUUGCUCCAACCUUCAGGAAGAGGUGGGACGUCUUAGGGAGGAUGUGGAGGAAUGUACGGGACAGUGCAAGACCAACAUAAACGACUUGAAGAAACGGUUGGACGGUCAUACUUUCCACAGCGGGAAAUUAGGUGGGGAUCUGAGGUCAGUCCAAGGAGAGCUGAACAAUGUCAUGAUAACUUUUAACUCCAUUAAUAACACACUGAAGGACCUGGGACGGACUGUGAAGACACAUAGUACCACGCUGACGGAUCUAUCCAGCACAAAUUCAAACACCAUUUCUGUGGUGGAGGAUUUGAGGAAUGAGCUGACGGACCACGUCAACGACGCUGACGUCCGGUUCGGCAACCUGGGCAGAGAGAUCCAGAUUAUCAGGAACAACUACGCCACAGAGGUGGGAGAGUGUCGGCGGUCCGGCGACGGCCUGGACCGAAGGCUCUCCAAGCUGGAGGGGGUCUGCGGCCGCCUGGACUUCUUCACAGACAGCCUGGAGCAAAUCAAACAGGGCCUGAACAAACACGUGUCUGGCCUGUGGGGCUGCGUGAAUGGCCUCAAUGUCACUGUGACGUCCCAAGGAGAGCUCAUUGACAACAUCCAGACCGUCCAGCUGGACCGUGUCCACUCCAGGAUACAUAUGCUCAACUCCUCUGUGCUGGACUUGGGAAGACAGUUCACCGUUUUCAGGGAUCAGGACUUUAGGGGUCCCCCAGGGCCUCGAGGAGAGAGAGGUGAAUCUGGACCACCGGGUCCUAUCGGACCCCAAGGAAGAGUGGGACCUCCAGGCAGGGAAGGCAAACAAGGACUAGUGGGACCCCCAGGGCUCAGAGGAGAACAGGGGUCCGAUGCUCACGUGCCGCGCCUUUCUUUCUCUGCGGCGUUGACUCGCCAGAUGAGGAAGACGGGAACCAUAGAGUUCAACGAAGUGUUUGUCAACGAAAAGAACGGCUACGAUCCUAAAACAGGUAUAUUUAUGGCGCCCCUGAGUGGCAGAUACUUUUUCAGCGCCAUUUUGACGGGUCACAAAAACGUGAAGAUCGAGGCGGUGCUUUCAAAGUCGAACGUCGGCGUUGCCCGAGCGGAUUCAGAGGGCUAUCAGCACGAAGGCUUAGAGAAGCCCAUGGCGGAGGCCAAACACAUCCCCGGAGCCCUGGCUGUGUUCAACAUCAUUCUACCCUUAGAGGUCGGGGACACGGUCUGCAUCGACCUCGUGAUGGGAGAGCUGGCCGUCACCUCUGAGCCCUUUACCGUUUUCAGCGGGAUGCUGCUGUACUAGACCGUCAGACAGGACGGAGUGUGAUUUUCAGAGUUCAUCUUGUUGUAUUGAAACCUCUGCUUUGGACUCUUAACUCAAAGAGCCGUCGGCAGUGGGUGAAACGGAUACCAGUGGACUGGAUUCAUCCAGCGGAGAGAAAAAAUGCUUUGCAGCUUUAAGGAAAAGUUUAUUAUUUUGUUGAUUGAGAUGUAUUUUUAUAUGGAAAAGAAGCCACUGCAGGGUGAUUUCCAAUGUUCCUGUAAACGUGGACGCUUUACUGAUUGCACCAGGACAUCCAUUAAGUUUCACUUGUGUUUAAGAAAAAAAAAAAGGAUAUUUAGUCAAAUGGAGAAAGAUUAAAGAUGUGGGUGUUUUUCUAUUUAUCUGCGCUGUCCACCCACGUCAUGAAAUCUUCAGCAUUCCUUACGCACUCGAUUAACCGUUGUAUCUUUUUUUUUUUUUCCUUUUUUCUUUUAAUGCAAUCGUUUAUUUUUGUGUUACUCACAGUUUCAUUUUGACCACAAGUGAGUUCCCAGAAACGCAACGCUGGGUGCCAAUUGUCUCAAGGAAAAAAAUGCGGGAGGGACAAAGUCCAAACCACUAUUCUUUAGGAGGAAAUGCACAAAUGAAGUCACUGACAGUUCAGCAUAGAGAGACCGCAGGGUUUUAUAAAUCAUGCGGCCAUAAAACAAUAAGACCAUUUUAGGACUUUGGCCGUGCCCCGAAACACAAAGGAAGGAGAGGAUUUGUCAAAAGCAUCAGAGGGGAAUUUUCUUCUCACUCUGUGUCCUAAUAAGGGACAUCUAAAGAUAGAAGACGAAGACUGAGACCUUACAGUAACUGAAGUUUGCCGUCAGCAUAAAAACUCUGCUGAUUAUGCAACAUAUAACUUCAGUGAUUUUUUUUUUAAAUGCAAGAUUUGUGGUAAAAGGUUGGAUUUAUUGUCAAUGUUUUCUUAAAUAUACAUAUAUCACGGUUCCUUUAAAUUAGUUUAUUUCCUGACAGAGUCAACCUUUAAGCUUAGCUUCCAGAGCACUUCAACACCAAAUCGUACAAAGUUUGUCUCGUCUGUUUUCAAGAGCAAAAUACAUUAGAGUGAAUUUGAAACAGGACAAAACCAAGUUAUUAGUAACUUUGAAGCAAGAUGCUGGAGCUUGUUUUAAGUCAAUCAUUUCUUAAUUAUGAGAAAAAUGUAGUUAUCAGUGAAAUCAUUUGAACAAGUGCUUUUUAUAAUCAAUAGUACGUAAUUAAUUACUUGAAACGAACUCUGAAACCUUGCUAAAAGUUCACUUGUAACUUGGUUUCAGCUUAUGUCAAGCAUUGUAAGAUAUUUGAACUUGAAAAUAGACAAAGAAUACUUUGUAACAUUUUUUAGUUUUGCAGUGAUUAUUUUUUAUUUUAGUCAGGCCAAUGGAGAGGCCAUUCAGGAAGAUUGAUGCAAGACUUCUAGAACUACUUUUGCUCCAUGUUUGGAAUUGUCGUCCUGUUUGAAAGGUCAGAGGAUCUUUCUCUCAGAUGAAGGCGAGAUAUGUGUUUGGACUUUCAGGAACCAUUAAGGCCAAAUUCUGUUAUAAACAGGAAGCUGCUGGGACACCCGUGUCCUCUCCUGUUGUGAACUUACCUUAAAAUUAACACAGACAACCAAGGAAGUAGCAUUAACUCCAAAAAUGGACCAAAAAGACUUGGACAGGGCAAAUGAAAAACACUUUUGUACACAAUUCGGUUUUCCAACAGAACAAUCAACACCCAAACGAACCUCAAGACUGUUCCACGUUCAAAUGGGUCAAACAGGCGAUCGCUUGGAUAAAGUGGUUUGACUUCCAACACAAAAAAACCCACAAAACCUCACCAGGAGUGUUUUGUCUAGUUUCUGGUGCAGGUAUCUUAGUUCACUAAAAACAAGACAAAACUGACUUAGAAGUAACUUUUCAGCCAAAUAUAUGAGCUUGUUUUAGGUAAAUAAUAUUGACAUAAAGUAGCCUGCUAGAGCCAUUAGCAGAUUGUUUUUCACUUAUGAAAAAAAUCACAUUUUCACUUUUAACUUGGGUUGAGAUGCUUAUAUUUAUGCAGUGUACAAUCUGCCAAGGGAUAUCUUACCAUAAGAUUAAUAACUAAUCGUAUAAGCAUUAAUAAUGAAUGUAUUUGCACAUUUUAACCCUUUAUAAAUUAGGCAAAACACAAUUUAUUCAAAGUUGCAGACUUUAUUCCCCCUCUUAAAUCUGGUAAAUGUUGUGUGGCCUAGAAAGGAACGGCUUAAAUGCAUCAUUAAAAGUAAUAUGACCAUCAUGUCCCCGAUUAGUGGCUUUAAACUUCAAUAAAUAGCACAAGUAAAGCUCGCAACAUUAAUUAAUCUGGUAAAAUUUAUCUAUUGAGCUGGUGCGAACACUUUGUCUUUGUUGAACUGCAUUGCCGACCUUUAAAGGCUUAAUUGCACAUUAAAUGAGGUCUGUGGAUGUUGAGAA